UCCUUAUGCAAUUCCGUUGCAGUAUCCCGCACUAUUCGCUCCAGGAGGAAUCUUGGCUCAUCCUACUAUGCCCUCGGAAUCUGUUCGUGGUAAGGACAGACAUGCUCACCAGAUGCUUGGAGAAGGUCCAGUGGACACCAUUUCUGCUACUGGAUCAAAUCCAUCAGAUUCUGUUUCUCCGGGAGUAGUGGCUGUGGAGGUGAUCCCUGAUCAAAGGGAUAAGUUUGAGUUGAGGAGAGAAAAGAGAAAGCAAACCAAUCGGGAGUCUGCUAGGAGAUCAAGACUACGAAAACAGUAUGAAUAUGAAGAGUUACAGCACAGGGUCCAUGCUCUAAACAAUGAAAACCACUUCCUGAGAAAAGAGUUGCAGAAAGUAUCCGAGGAAUGCAACAAGGUUACAUCUGAAAAUGACUCGAUUAAGGCAGAGUUGUUGAAAAUUUGCGGGCAGAAGAAUUAUCGUGGCUCGAAUUAGCUCUGCAAGAACUUGGAGGUAAGAGGUAAACACAAG